GGCACUGACAAGAAGGGGGCACUGCAUCUUUAAAAUAAUCUCAAGAAAAACACACAACGCGCUCAGUCAAAAUCGUGGGAUGAUAAGGACUAGUACCACUUUUACUUUCGGAGAGCGGUUACCAGUUGAGACCGUUGCUCGGCGUCGUCGGGUUUCCCCCCUGCUCGCGCAUUGCUGGGAGACAGGCUGAUUCCGAGUCACAUGACACGGCCGGAGGCUGAGAUUGAGAGAAAAGCGCUUCAGUAUAGCUCACACCGCCAUACUGUAUUUUAUACCGUAUCUCAUUUUUAUUGCAACGUUUUACUCCCGCUCGGAAGGCCUCCGGAGGAGAAUGACCGGGAAGAGUCAGACCAGCAACGUGACCAACAAGAACGACCCCAGGUCGCUCAACUCCCGAGUCUUCAUCGGCAACCUCAACACGGCCAUCGUCAAGAAGACGGACAUCGAGGUCAUCUUCGCCAAGUACGGGAAGAUCGUCGGCUGCUCCGUGCACAAGGGCUUCGCCUUCGUCCAGUACAUGAGCGAGCGGAACGCCCGCGCCGCCGUUUCCGGGGAGAACGCCCGCAUCAUCGCCGGGCAACCGCUGGAUAUCAACAUGGCGGGCGAGCCGAAGCCGUACAGACCCAAGGCCGGAUCCAAACGACCAAUUUCUGCUGUUUACAGCGGCUAUGAAUUCGAUUAUGACUACUACAGGGAUGACUUCUACAACCGGCUGUUUGACUACCAUGGCCGCGUGGCCCCCCCUCCGCGGGCCGCCAUCCCGCUGAAGCGCUCCCAGGUGGUGGUGCCCUCCACGCGCCGGGGCAAGACCUUCCCUGUCAAGAGCUCCUCCUCUUCCUCCAGACUGGCCACCUCCAGCUCCUCCUCCUCCUCCUCUGGGCCCAAAUUGAGGACCGACCAGCUCCAGACGAUCAAGCGCGAGCUGACGCAGAUCAAAACCAAGAUCGACUCGCUCCUAGGGCGGCUGGAGAAGAUCGAGAAACAGCAGCGAAUAGAGGCCGAGGCUCAGAGGAAGUACGAGGACCCGUGCGAGUCGCUGCACGAGGAGUCCGUAUCAGAAACGGCGGAGAACUCGGCCGAGGAGGCGGGGGAGGGGGGCGUGGACACUGAGGCCGGGGAGAUGACCGACGGGGGCGAGGAUGACUACGACGAAGAAGGCAGCAACGACCUGGUGAUGAGACGAUAGAGAACCACGUUUCAGACAUUGAUAAUUGAAACAAAAAAGGUGCAGAAGGAGAGCUACCCACAAGGCUGUUUGAGAAGGCAUCGGCACCCCCACCCCAGUGGGAGGGGUUCCUCGAGAGGAUUGAGGAAGAGAGGAAGAGGGGGGGUAGAGGAAUAAAAACAAAAAAAUUUAGAGAACAUGGCUGCCAUGUCUUCUCUUCCUGCAAGUACAUUUCCACCCCGGUUCUGCGGCUGUGUUGAAAAAGAACUGUCUUACGCUCUUUAGAUUCGAACGUCUCCUUAAACCCCGCCUCCUCUGCAGUCCUUGGGUAUUCAUUUGUACAUUCAAAGAAAAAAAAAAGUGAAAAAAAAUAAAUAAAUAAAAUUCUAAUAAAAUGUGUUAAUUUGUUUGUAUUUACAAUAAAAAAACAAGCAAACAAACAAAAAAAAAGAGGAUUUUAAAACAAUGUGUAUAAAGCCACUUCACAUGAAGCUGCCAUUGUGUGCUUUCCGGAAUGUUCCGCGGAAGGUCUGUGCUACACUUUGCGUUCCAUAAUGCCGUUGUAACGUUGCUCUUUUUCUCACGCAGGGAUUUUAUGACGUGCAGUAUUCUCCCCUCCGCGUUCUGCUUCCCGGCUUUUAUUUCCGUUUGUUUUUUUUUUGUUCUUGUUUUUAUUUUCAUGUCCUCAUUACGUUGAUAGUAAAUGAAAUCACUUUGCUUUUUUUGUAAAUAAAAAGGCACCUUAAUGUAGAGAGAUGUUUUUUUUUUUUUAAUUAAUUAAUUAAUUUAUUUUUUAAUAUAUAUAUAAAAAAAUGAAUUGCACCAUUUUAAAAGGGUACAAAGGAUGGGAACAUAUGGGUACUGAACAAAACCAAGCAAAAAAAAGACAACUUUUUUUUAUCCCCCUAUGUAUCACAACUAAGGCUGUAAGUCUUAGCAUUAGCAUUACUUCAUCAGGUUUCUCCCUUAUUCUUCACCGGCUAAUAGCUGUGCUGUUUCAAAUCAUACCAAACACUUUAAGAGAUAACCUCCAACACCUGCAGCCCCCCCCCCCCCAUUUCUCUCUCUCUCUUUCUCUCUGUCUCUCUCUCUCUCUCUCACACACUCAGACCUCAUGCUGGACAGUGAGAACUCACUGCUGUCAAUCUUAUUUUCAGUCUUUUCUCAUCGCAAGGCUUCUCUGGAAGACACACUAAAUGCACCCUGUUUUCGACCACAAUGCUGCAAACCUACUGUUUACUUUACAUUAUCAAAUUAUAUGUUUAAUUUAAGGUGAUUCAUUCUUACCUACACUAAUUAUUAUUAUUAUUUAUUUAUUUAUUUUAUUUUUUUGUUAUUUUGAAAUGUAAAUGUAAAUUUAGCAUUAUGCAAACCACAGUGAGUCUGCAGGCUUAUAUGUACUGUGGAGCAUAAUGAGUUCGAUGAGUCUGAAUGAAUUAGCAUCUAAUAGAGUUUUCGUUCUCAAAAAGGGAAUGGAUUUACUGGAAACCAUCAGUGUACUAAACUGCCUCGUUAGUUUAUUUUCAUUUUUAUUUUUUACCUUCGUUGCAGUCAUUCUACUGACAGAUUAAGAUAAUGAUGCAUAUUGAGCUCAAUCUAUUUUUGUAAAACAAAUACUUUACUCUCCCUUAGAGAAAGUAUUCAUAAAUGUUGAGUUUUUGCUGUUGUUGUUGUUGUUGUUGUUGAUUAAAUUUCCUUCUCCAAUAAAUUAUGGGAUAUAAGUAUUUUCUGAAGUGCUACAGACUACUAGUCAAUCUGAAAAUGACCAAACUUGAAAUGAUCCAAUUUAGAUAAGGUAAACCAUCAUUGUUUCUGAUGAGCCCAAAUGAAGAUAAUUGCAUUUCUAAAAAAUAAGCUAUAUAUACACCUUUUUUGUAAAACUAUUUUUAUGAUGAGCAUGUUUGUUGUUCAGAUGUAUCUAUUUAUAUUUUAUUGUUGCAAAUGUUGUAUGGCUAUAGGCUCCAUUUCAUUUAAACAAGAGAUAAUAAUCUGCACUGUACAUACAAUAUAGUUUUUGUUUGUUUGUUUGUUUUUUCCAUUCUUCGGUCAAACAAAUCUAAUUUUUGUGUCUAUUUCUUGGAAUAAAUUACCCACAAAACCAACUGAAGAACCAUAA